AAGCUACAGGAGAAACUAAUACAUUAAAUUUAUUUACACUAUCCGUUGAUAAUGGUAUGAUUCGUGUUCGUCAACCGCUAGUUGAUACAUUUAACCAGAUUACAGAAUAUAGGAUGAAUAUUAUGGCUCGAGAUCAAAGUAAUCCAGAACAAACUGCAAGUAUUACGGCAUAUAUUACUGUUAUACGCGAUCGGUUUGCACCACGAUUUGUACGACUACCUUAUUUCAACACACUAGAAGAAACCGCUGCGGUUGGAACUCUAGCACUCAAUACAACAGCUGUUGAUGAUGAUCUUGUUGAGCGUAUUGAAUAUAGACUGAUGGGUGAUUCUCGCAGUGAUGGUAUAUUUAGCAUCAACUCUGUCACGGGAGAAGUCAGGACGCAGACAAGUCUAUUUAAUGAUAACCUCAGAUUGUCUUCAUACACGGUUCGUAUUGUAGCAUUUGAUACAGCCAGACCUACUAGACAAACAACAGCUACUGGUACAAUACAAGUCAACAGAAAUCCAAAUCCUCCUGUAUUCAUCCCUGAUUCUUAUACUGCAUCUAUCAAUGAAAAUCGUUUUGUUGGAUCACUCGUUACUACGGUUACAGCUGAGGAUAAAGAUAUCCAGGAUGUCAUCAGUUAUGAGAUCACAGGUUUCACUGCCUCAUCUGUUGUUGAACAAAAACCUUAUUUCACCAUAGAUUACAGAACAGGAGUAAUUCGAGUAGCUGAAUCUAAUCUCAAUAACAAUGUCAACAGAUUUACAUUAUUUGUAAGAGCUUGUGACGAUGGAAUACCGAGAAGAUGUGAUAACACAACAGUUACUGUUGUUGUGACCAGAUUUGCAGCCACACCAGCAUUCGAAGGUAUACCAUAUAGUUUCACUAUAAAGGAAACAAGACAGCCGUCUCCUGAAGUUCUAAAAACAGUACAAGCCCGUGACUCGGAUCUACAGGGUACAAUAGUGUAUGCACAAGGGCUGCCUGCUACACCGUACUUUAGUGUCAAUCCAAGUACUGGUAAUAUAACUUUAGCAGCUAGUGUUAUACUAGACACACGCCUACAGAUAACGUUCCGAGUUGUAGCCUACGAUGAUCAAGAUCCAACAAGACGAGGAACAGCUGAUGUAACUGCUAUUAUACUGAGAAAUGAGGGAAAUCCAAACUUCUUAGAAGAUCGUUAUUUUAGAACUAUUCAGUCUAAUUUCGUACUGGGCAAUGUUGUUAUUAAUACCACAGCUGUAGAUUCAGAUGGAGAUAAGUUACGGUAUUCCCUACUUGGUAAUGUUAAUGGACUUAAUCUCUUCUCUAUUGAUCCUGAUACUGGUCUAAUCAAAUUACGUCAAGUUCUAACCAAUAGUAAUGCUGGAAGUUACACUCUAACAGCACAGGUGACAGAUCAGAGAAUUCCGGAGAAAACGGAUACAGCUCAAGUUUUUAUUACUGUGGAGGGAGAUCAAUUCACCCCCAGGUUUAUAGGUGCACCAUACCAAACUUCAGUACCCGAAACACGUUCAGUCAAUACUAAUAUCAUCACAGUACAAGGUGUUGAUGAUGAUCUUAAGGGUAGACUACAGUUUGUGGCUGUUGGAAUCUACCCUGCACCAGAACUAUUCUCUGUCAACAUAGACACUGGAGCUGUAACUGUCAGCAGGGAUUUAAAGACAACUGGUCUUCAAGAUAAUGUGUACACACUUUCACUAGAAAUUUAUGACACUGCAUACCCCGAUAAUAGAGGCCGAGCAGCGUUGACCAUUAAUGUAUUAAGAAAUCAAGGUGUUCCUGUAUUCCAACCAUCUUCUUCAUAUCAAGAAACAGUUUUAGAAAAUGCUUUUGUGGGAUUUACUGUGUUGCAAGUUACAGCUACAGACAGUGAUGAUGGGGAUGUUGUAACCUAUGAUCUUGUUAGUUCUACCAACAAUGGAAAUGAUUUCUUCUAUAUUGAUCCCAAAACUGGAGAAAUCUCAACCAGACGACCGCUUGGACAAGCACCAAUAGAUUUAUAUACAUUCAUUGUGAGAGCAUCAGAUAAUCGUGGUAAAACAUCUCAAGCUACAGUGAAUAUACGAAUAACCCGUCUGGCUGUCGAUAGUCCACCAGUAUUCAAUCAAACUCCCUACAGGGUUAGAUUAACUGAGAACCAAUUAAAUGGAUCGUUAGUUUUUACUGUCACUGCUGUUGAUAAUGAUCUAACGCCUGAUGGUGCUGUUGUGUAUAAUUUAAUCGGAUCAUUACCAGGAACCGAUUAUUUUAGACUGGAUCCAACAACUGGUCGAAUUUUCCUUCAACAACCAUACAUUAACGAUCAGUAUAGAUCAUUGCUAUAUGUGCUACGAGUAGAAGCUUACGACAACCUCAAGCCCACAGUUCGAGUAGCUGAGAAUGUUCUUAUUGAAAUUGAUCGUAAUCCAAAUCGUCCAAUAUUCAUACCAAAUAAUUUCUAUUCUACAUCAAUACCUGAAACUACUGCUCCCGGAACAAACAUAAUUAAUGCUACUGCUACUGAUAAUGAUAAUGAUGUUCUUUCGUAUGUUAUUUCAAAUGGAGGAUUAAAUAAUGCUGGAAGAUUCUUCUAUGUCAAUCCAUCUACUGGAGAUAUUUUUGUGAAAACGAAUUUACGAAACAAUGCUGUUAGUUUUUACACAUUCAGCGUUGGAGUUUUUGACAACUCUUUCCCAGAGAAGUCUGCCACCGCCAACAUUCAGAUAACUGUUACUAGAGAUACAGCACGACCUAGGUUUACAGGACCUGAUUAUUCAAUCACUAUACCUGAAACUAGACCAGUUGAUAGUAUUAUAUUAAGAGUAAAUGCUAUUGAUGAUAAUCUACAGGGAAGAAUUGUAUAUGAGGUCUAUGGUGAUGGAACUGCCAUGGCUUAUUUUAAUGUUGAUAGCAAUACUGGUGAUGUAACUAUCACGAAAAAUCUUCGACAAGACAGUUUAAAACUUUAUACUCUGAAAGUGAGAGCAUAUGAUACAUUUUAUCCAGAAAAUUUUGGAUUAUCUACAGUCACAAUUAAUGUUAAUCGCAACCCAUCGGCCCCUGUCUUUACUCCUAGUAAUGAGUACCAGAAAACAAUUAAUGAAUAUACUUCAAGUUUGUCUGUAUUGAGAGUAUCUGCUUCAGAUGCUGAUGGCGAUGUUGUGACAUAUUCAAUGCUUGGUGCAGUAACAGAUCCCCAUUUUGCUUACUUCUACAUACUGCCAAGCUCUGGUGAAAUAUACCUACGACAGUCUGUUGUUGGAUCAACCCAAAAUCAAUACAGGUUCCAAGUUCAAGCCUCUGACCGUAGACUUGAAGAAAAGACAGGUUUAGCAAGUGUUACAAUUGGUAUCACCAGAAACCAAUCUCCAGUCUUUACACCAUCUUCAUCAUACAGCGCUAAUAUAGCCGAAGAAUUCACAACUGGUCAGCAGAUGACUACAGUUUCAUGUAUCGAUCGUGAUUUAGUGGGUGCGAUAAGAUAUUCAGUUAUUGGUGAUGCUCCUGCUCCAAGUUAUUUUAUGGUUAAUCCUACAACUGGUGUAAUUUCACCGAGCACGAAUCUAACUGUUGAUCGAAAUCUCGACUACACGCUACGAGUAGUAUGUUAUGAUUCUAAUGUACCUAAUGUAAGGGCGACAGCUACAGUUGCUAUUAGAGUUCAAAGAAAUAAUUUUGCACCACAGUUCCAAAAUGAGCCAUAUAAUCGUAAUUUACCAGUUGAUACCAGUGUUGGAAGUAGUAUAUUCAGAGUUUCGGCCACAGAUGAUGAUAAUGAUGUGUUACGUUACAUUCAAUUGGCGGAUGAAAAUAGCAGAUAUUUUUACCUGAGUCCAACCACUGGGGAUAUUUUCCUGAUCAGAAACCUGGAGGAGACGUCUACUACUCGUUUCACUCUAAACAUCCGUGUAACAGAUCAAGGUAUACCAGAACGUUUUGAUGAUUCAACUGUUGAGAUAAAUGUCAGCCGACAGAUACAACUACCUGCAUUUACAAACGAACCAUAUUCACGAAACCUGCCAGAAAUAACUGCAUCUGGCUCUUCAGUGUUUAGAGUACAAGCCUUUGAUGGAGAUCUUAGACCAGGAAGUUUCAUAGCUUAUGAAGCAACAGGAAUCUAUCCUGCUCAGAGUUUCUUUAGUGUUAAUAGGACUACUGGUGUUAUAACCCUGAUACAGAAUUUGAAAAAUGACAUAUUUAUAACUGAUCCUUACAGGUUGACUGUUAUUGCCUAUGAUAAUGCAGUAAGGAACCAACAAGAUACAUCGACUGUAACUAUAAGCGUUCCUCGAAAUCCAAAUGGUCCAAUAUUCAAUGACAACUAUGAAACAACAAUCCAAGACAGUCACCCCUACAGCUCUGCUGUAUUUAAUAUCUCUGCUAGUGAUCUAAAUGGAGACGCAAUAUUUUACUCUAUUGUCGGUAAUAAUAUUGGAAGAACACUUGAAUUUUUCACCAUUGACAGAAAUACAGGAGCCAUAUAUGUUAUCAGACCAUUGACUGAAUCAACUCCAAUCAGUCGCUUCACGUUUGCCGUACAAGCUACCGAUAACGGACGACCUACAAGAUUAGCACAAGUGAAUGUUAUAAUAAACAUCAAUCGAAAUUCUCCACCGUCUUUUAGCAAUACACCAUACAAUGUUUUUAUAUUUGAAACAGUGGCGAAUAAUACCUCUAUUUAUCGUGUAUCAGCGACUGAUGCUGAUGCUAGGUCACCCAUGGUUUACCAAGUUGUUGGUACUGAAUUAGCCUCAUCCUUCUUUGGUGUUCGUAAUAAUGGAGAGAUAUAUGUACGACAAAUGGUUUUAAAUGAUAGAGGAUUACGAUAUGUGUUACGUAUUCGAUCAUAUGAUCCUCUCACACCAAAUCAGUAUGUUGAAGCAGAUGUCCCGAUUAACGUUGAGAGAAACCGAUUUGGACCAAGUUUUGUUGGUACUCAGUUCUCUGAAAAUAUUCCUGAAAGAACUGAUCCUGGCACUGCUGUAAUAACAGUCUCAGCCACUGAUGGUGAUAAUGAUGUUUUGGUUUAUUCAUUAACUGGAGAUACUAGAUGUAGAAAUUAUUUCUAUAUGACAACAAUGUCCUCUAGUAUAUAUCUAGCUCGUUCAUUGCUAAACACACCGGAUGUAUCUUUUACUUGCCAAGUUUCAGUGACUGAUAAUGGUUACCCACAACCCAAAACAGCAGAUGUCACUGUGCUUUUUACGGUCACUAGAGGAGGUGUGAGUCCCGUAUUUACGCAGAAUGCUAGAUACUUUGCUAAUAUUAAUGAGAAUGCCGCAGUGACAUCAUCUAUUCAGAGUGUGAUUGCAACUCGAACUGGACUUCAGGGAAAUAUAGUGUAUGAAUCUAUAGGUGAUUAUCCAGCAUUAAGUUUCUUUGCUGUAAAUAGAUCAACGGGUAUUGUAUCUAUUACACGGGAUCUACGUAACGACAAUCUACGACUUUCUACAUACACAUUACGAGUAAAAGCCUAUGAUUCUGCAGCAUCCUAUCUAUCAGCAACAGCAGAAGUAUUUAUUACAGUGGCACGUAAUCUCAAUGCUCCAGUAUUUGAUAGAAAUGUCUAUAGAGUUACUGUUAGAGAGGAUGUCACCGUUGGAACCUACAUUAUCAGAUUAAAUGCAACAGAUGCUGAUGGCCACCGCAUUACAUGUACUAUGUCUGGUAACCAGGAUGUGAUGAAUUUCUUCGCUAUUGAUGCUGAUACAUGCUUGAUCUCAGUUAAACAGUUCUUAAGAGAUACACCAUCAAGAAAUACAUUAUAUACAAUAACUGUUACAGCCACAGACAAUGGAGUACGACAAGAAUCUGCUAACACAUUAGUAGAAGUAACUGUUUUACGUGAUGUAUCAGCUCCUGAAUUUACUAAUAUUCCACGAACAAUAACAUUAGAAGAAACACAAGCAACAAAUACUUCAAUAUUUACAGCUUCUGGUAGAGAUGCUGAUCUACAGGGUGAAUUGAGAUAUGCUUUAACUGGAGUGUUCCCUGCAAGUAGUUAUUUCCGUGUAAACGAAGUUAAUGGUGUUAUUACUCUUGUCAACAGUUUACUAUCGGAUAGUGGUGAUUCCCUUUCAUAUACAGUAAGAUUACAGGUGUAUGAUACAGCUUAUCCAGAUCGGCGGGAUCAAAAAGAUCUAACGGUACUAGUUAACAGAAAUACCAAUGCCCCUGUAUUUGAGCCAACAAGAUAUGAGAGAACUAUAUCCAAUGAUUUUACUGUUGGUAAUUCGGUUCUUGCUCUUACAGCCACCGAAAGAGAUAAUGAUAAGAUUACCUUUAAACAUAUGGGUGGCACAGAUGACCAAAAAUACUUCUUCUUAAACCCUGAUAGUGGUGUUAUCAGAUUACGAGAAUCAUUACCAGAUACAAUAACCCAAUAUUCUUUUAACGUUGAAGCAGUUGACUCCCGAUCCACUAAUAUUGCUAAAACAGCGACAGCUACUGUGAUUAUAAAUAUCCGAACUACUCAAGCACCUGUGUUCCAGAAUUUACCAUAUCGAUUUAAUGUUGAUGUCACUCAACAAGUAAAUGGUCCUGUACGGUCUGUCUUGUGUACCAAUAAUAUUCCUGGUAGUAAUAUCCGCUAUUCAUUAUUAGGCUAUGCUCCUGGUACGACUUACUUUGCAUUAAAUGAAGUCAGUGGUGCUAUCACAGUCAUCCAGUCACUACCAAACCUGCGAGACUCACUCAAUAUCUACAAUCUUCAAGUAUCAUGUUAUGAUCUUAACCAACCAAACAAAGUUUCAACAGUAAUUGUACAGAUAACUGUAGAUCGUAACUUAUUUACCCCACGAUUUGAACCUACAUCCUACACAAAUACUAUUUAUAACUAUGAACCAGUUGGAUACAGUGUAUUACAAGUCACAGCUACAGAUGCAGACACAACCGUCCCUGAGAACUCGAUAUUGUACAGCAUAGCUUCUACUUCAACAACAAAUGGCUUCUUCAGGAUUCACCCAAACACUGGAGAAAUAAUCAUCUCCAGAAGACUAACAGAAGACAAUCUGAACAGAAGAACAUUCCAGUUCCAAGUAAUUGCUCAAGAUUUAGGCUAUCCUAGAAAAACUUCUCAGGCCGCCUCAGUAACAAUAACGGUACUACAGAAUACAGCCGAUCCAAGUUUUAAUGACUUAAGAUACACUGUUAAUGUCAAUGAGGGUAUACCUGUUUUACAAAGAUUCCUACAAGUUCGAGCUUCAGAUGCUGAUCCUCCUGCUUCAUUAAAUGGACAGAUAAUGUAUUCUUUGAGUGGUGUUGGUGUUAAUUUGUUCCAAAUAGAUUCUACUACUGGUAACAUUUCAGCUAGAGUGUCUUUAACUACCGCUACACAAAAUGAAUAUACAUUGACGGCUACGGCCAGUGAUAAAGGUACACCUUCUAGAAGCGCUCAGAUACCAGUUGUCAUCACAAUAACACGAGCAGGAAAUCCCUACUUUGAAAUUAGCGACAUUAGCGUCACCAUUAACGAUGAUCAUGCAGUGAAUACACAAAUAACUCAGCUACAACCACGAGACCCAUUAUCUCAAACUCUGGUGUUUGAAAUAGCUGGUGAUGGAGAUGCUUCAACUGUUUUCCGAGUUGACAGAUCAACAGCUCAAGUUACAUUAGGCCAGUCACUCUUAACAACAAGCCAAAACAACUAUGUGAUCCGAGUACGAGGAUAUAGAGUUAAUGAUAACACAAUACAAGCUACUGCUAUAGUUCGAGUCACUGUUAUAAGAAAUAGAAAUGCUCCCAGAUUUUUACACAGUAAUUUAGACAUCACUAUUAAUGAAGAUCAGAGAUUUAAUGUAGGUUUGGUAGAUGUUAAUGCAACAGAUGCAGACACAGGUGCUAAUGGAGAAUUGUUAUACAGUAUUAAUGGACCUGCUUCUGUACCAGACUACUCACCUACAUAUUUCUAUAUUAAUCCUGUAUCGGGAGUUAUAUCAGUUAUUGCACCUUUAAGAAAUGAUAUCAGACAACCAGCCAGAUAUAUCUUACGUGUUAUGGCUAUGGAUAAUGGAUCACCUAGUAAAACAGCUGCUGUAAAUGUUACUGUCAAUGUUAAUCGUAAUAGAAAUGGACCCAUAUUUGUACGUAAUGACUACAACGUCACCAUUGAUGAAAACAGGCCUGUCGGCACAAGCAUUGAACAAGUUACUGCUACUGAAGCUGAUAAUGAGCGAGUCCAAUACAGAAUGUUGCCAAGUCUCGGAGCAUUAUAUUUUAAUAUCAACGCUGAUACUGGUAUUGUGAGUGUACGAUCGCGAUUAACAUACGACAGCACAUUUACAUACCAGCUAUUAAUACAAGCUGUUGAUGUUCCUGCCCAAACAGCUGUACCAAGAACUGCAACUACUACAGUCAUUGUUAAUAUCAUUAGAAAUCCAAAUAAGCCCGAAUUUACCGUUAAUCCUAUCAAUAUAACCAUUUCUGAAUACCUGAAUGUGUUAACUAGAGUAGCAGAAGUGAGAGCUGUGGAUGCUGAUCCAUCAAAUACUCCAAGUGGUAACCUAACCUAUGAUAUAUUAAGAAUAACCAGUGAUACACCUUCAAACUUUACUCUCAGUAAUUAUUUUGUUAUAAGUCCAACAACAGGCGAUGUGUAUGUAGCACAGGCAUUAAUUCAUGACGGAGUACCAGAUGAUUUUAUCCUGACCUUGAGAGUUAGGGAUGGUGCAGUUCCUCCCAAAUCUGAUAUUGCUACAAUGAAUAUCCACCUGAUUCGUAACAUAAAUAGACCAAGAUUUACUAGUAGUGAAUAUACAGCUUCUAUAGAUAAUACAUGGCAAGUUGGACGAACUCUUUUCACAGUUGAAGCCAGGGAUGCAGAUACAACAGUUCCAUUGAACCAAGAUACACCAAAUGCUAUUUUCGAUUAUGAGGUUGACGUAAAAAAUGAAAAAGCCAGACGAUUCUUUGGAGUAAAUGAAAAUGGUUUUGUGUAUGUGAAAGAUAAUCUUUUAUUGUUUGAUGAGCGAUCCUUUUUCUUCUACAUCAUAGCUAUUGAUCAGAGUUGGAAUCCAUUAAGCAGUAGAGCACCAGUCUAUAUUAAUAUAACACAAAUACCAAUAGUAAAUAAUACACUUGGAUUUGUUCAACCAUUACGAGUUAUAAACCUGGAUGAAGCUGAUGUAGCAGUUCCGGUGGAGGGUAAAGUUAUUGCUGUAUUAAAUGUGGUGAAUAAUCUAAAUCGUGAAGUAGAAUGUCGAUUAGAUACAGUCAUACCUAAUAAUCCCUUCCUGGUUCGUCCUACAGCCGAUCAGAAAGACUGUGAAGUGGUAUUACUUAGACCAUUAGAUAGAGAAACGGUUGAUAGCUAUAAUAUCUCUGUUAGUGUCAGAUUUAAAGAUACAACGGGCAGACGUAAAAGACAGAUCAAUGUGGUCUCCAACUCCUGGCAGAGCAUGAAUAUUAUUAUAAAUGUAAGAGAUAUGAAUGAUGAGGCACCAAUGUUUGUUUAUCCUGUGACCCCUAACAAUUUGAAUAUUAAAGUUCUAUUAGCUGCUGUUCCAUAUGAAGCACAACCACAAACUGACGUGGCAACAUUUUUGGCUGUUGAUAAUGAUUCUGGUCCAAAUGGUCAAGUCAGAUAUUCCAUGUCUGAAAGAAUAACGCCAUUAACGGAAAUCCCAUUCCAUGUGAAUCCUAUCACAGGGGUAAUGAUGACAACUCGUGACUUUUCAUCUGCUCCAGACAACAGACAAUACAUGUUCACCCUUACUGCUACCGAUCAACCUACCAAUACUUCUUUAGCUAAAUCUGAUAGUGCUCUUGUUGUGGUGGAUUUAGUUGAAGCCAAGAAUAUUUUUAUCCUGACUAUUAAAGAUAAAACAACCAAUGAAAUAAUGCCAGAGAAAGAUAAUAUUAAAAAUAUGCUACAGAGCAUCACCAAUCACUUCAUUAUCAUCCAAAAAAUACGAUCUCGACAAUAUCUUACUUCUAGUAAUAUGUUGGAUAUAGAUUAUGAUAGUACUGACAUUGUAUUUGUAGCUGCUAAUACGGCUAAUUAUAUGCUGGUUGAAAAUACAGAACUUAACCUGGUCACAAAUCCAAAUUCAGCUGCUUCAAACAACAUUUUGAAUCAACUCAAACAAAUGUCAGAUUUAGAAAUUGAUGUCAUUAAGAAACCUAUUGACAGAUCUAUUUUGACUGGUUACUCUGAUAAAUUUGUUGGACAAACAGCUUUAACCCAAAAACAGAAGUCUUUUGUUUGGUGGCAAGAUAAUCCCUGGUCAGCUUUGGUAGCCAUUGCCGGAUUAAUUAUUGUAUUAACCAUCGUUGCCUUGAUAGUCGUUAACCACAAAUGGAGAAAAUAUGUUGAUUACAUCCAACGUUAUAAGCUGUACCAUGCCAGUAUGUCUAGACCAGAUUUCCGUGAUCAACCCAGUUUUGUUCGAGAUUAUGAAUCUCAAAGUCUCAGCCUUUUCUUGCCUCCAGAUGAAAAUGUUCAGGAAUUAGGAGAGAUAAAUAUGAAUUUUGAUAGUGCUGAACCUCGACCAAUGCCACCACCACCUCUUCACGAGAGAGAAUCAGUUUCUAAUCCUGUAUAUUCACCGUAAGUAAUAUUCCCUGCCAGAGCCUGCUGAGCAAUCAACUGGACUUACUGGAUCUAAGACUACAUUGUAGACUUCAUCUAUUAUUCUUUAUCUGCAUAAUAACAUAUAUUGUAAGAUUGCUCACAUAGCUUUCUUUUUUAUAUCAUAUUUACACACAAAUUUUCUUUUUAUGUAUAUAACAUUUUUACAAAUUUGAAUAAUGUUUUUGAAGUUUUUGAAUUUAUAGUUAAUAGAUUAUCAAAGUUGAUGUUGAUAAGAUAUGUAUUGUAGUUGAUAGAUUUUCAAAUUUUAUGGAUAUUCCCUAUUUUUAUGAUCAUGAAUUAUGUACAUUCCACAUAAGAUUAAUUUAUUUUUCAUGAUGUUUAUUUACAAUAGAAAUAAGGGUUAUAAAGAGUUAUAUUAUUAUAAUAUAGUAUUUUUUUUCUACUUAUCAGAGUUUUUUCAAAGUUCAAUAUUGUGAUGUCCAUGACAAAAGUUAUUAAUAAAUUUAAAGAAAAUGUUAUAUUCCCGUUUAUGUUUUUAUAUUUUCAUAUUAUUAUAUACAAAUCAAAUAUAUUAAAUUUUCCAAGAUUUUCUCUAAAUAAAUUUAUUCAAAAUAACUUUUUCAAAGUUCAAUAUUGUGAUGUCCAUGACAAAAGUUAUUAAUAGAAUAAAUUUAAAGAAACUGUUAUAUUCCCGUUUAUAUGUUUUUAUAUUUUCAUAUUAUAUACAAAUCAAAUAUAUUAAAUUUUCCAAGAUUUUCUCUUAAUAAAUUUAUUCAACAUAA